GACAGAAAGGGUUUUCACCGAGCAUAGACCUAGCCCCAAAGUAGAUCACACUUCCGGUGCUAAGGCUAAGACCCUGAUCGGGCAUAUCGCUAGGCAUAAUACCUUGUUGGGGUCAUCUGGAAGUCGAGCGGAACAGAGUGAGAAACAGAGCCUGGGGAUCGAACCAGAACUUUCCAUUUCCUUCUCUUCCAAGCGGUGUUUUCAGUCUCGUUCUACUCCGAUAUAUGUUCUUCAAUUACUACUACUCAUCCCACACCCCCUACAUUCUUACCAUACAGACAAACCUGCCACUUUAACCGCCAUUACGUUAACCCACGAUGAAGAUUUCUAGCUAUUUCAUUUCCCUCCUGUUCGCCACUGUCGGUAACACAUAUGCCAGCUGCCUGGAUAAUAUCUCCGCAAAUACAAUGGGUAUUUUCAGCGGUGCCCCCUUCGCCUUUACUACCAAUUACGAAAGUAGCUCACAAUGUGCAAGCUACUGCGAUAGCCUUGCAGAAUGCACGUCUUGGCUCUACAGCGUGAGAGGGGGCGAAUGCCAGCUGCACAAGGGCAGUCCUCUAUCAACAUUCUCGUCUCAGCAUUUUAUGUAUGGUGUUUGCGAUGGCCAUAGUCAUGUUGCUACACCAUCUGGCGGCUCAUCUGUAGCUGCGCUAGCUUCACCGAGCGCCAGCUCUGUCUUUUCCGCAAAUGCCGGUGAAACUCCUGCUCUGCAUAAAAAGCAUCUCCAUCAACAUCAUCAUCAACAUAGUCAUCAUUUUUGACUCCAAAGUGUGGCAACAAUGGAUUGUUAGAGUGAGCGGAAAUCGCCUUCCAUGCGUAGCAUCUGGCUUAUUUUCUGCUGGUGAUCCGUAGCUUUAUGUCUGCCUUUUGGGUGUACCGAUCUAUAUAAUGCACAUUUACAUUGGAGCAGUAUCAUAUUAUUUGGAAAUAGUCCUUCUUGUUUUUACUAGACCGCCUGCUAUAUGCUGGGGUUCGGUGCGCAUCCGGG